CAGAGAAAUCGGAAACCUAACAAUGUUGAAGGAGAUCUACCUUUCUCAUAAUAAUUUUGAAGAAUAUCCAGAGAAAUUGGGAAUCUAACAAUGUUGAAGGAGAUCGGCCUUGGUAGUAAUAAUUUUGAAGGUCCUAUAACAUAUGAGAUUGGUUAUCUUCCUAAUUUAGAGUGGUUGGCUCUCGGUGGUAAUAAUCUAAAUGGCCAUAUCCCAUCCUCAAUCUUCAAUAUCUCCACAAUAGCAGUAUUAGAACUCAGCCUCAAUCAGCUUUCUGGUAGCCUCCCAGCAGACAUAGGCCUUGCGCUUCCAAAACUAGAACGGUUUUACGCAGGAGCGAAUCACCUCAGUGGAGUAAUCCCCAAAUCCAUCCCCAAUGCUUCUGAGCUUCAGCUUCUAAGCCUGGGAGAUUCAGAGGUAACAUCCCCAGUGAUAUUGGGAAUUUGAGUAGCUUGAGCGGGCCAAUUCCAAGCUCAAUGGGAAGACUACAUAAUCUUCAAGGUUUGUUUAUGUAUGAUAACACAUUGCAAGGAUACAUUCCAGAUGAGCUUUGUCAACUAGAAAACUUAUUUCAUUUGUCCUUGGGUUGGAAUCAACUCUCUGGUUCUGUGCCUUCCUGCUUGGGUAAUCUAACAGCAUCUCUUAGAAAUCUAUACUUAGAUUCCAAUUUGUUGA